UAUAUGAGUGAGAAAUAAGAUAAAGCAACAGCAAGUAGGAUGCAGUUACUGGCAGUAUUAAUUUGUGUUGCUUUAGCCUGGACAAAUAAGGUGUAUGGUGACUUGGACUUCACUUUACUUGCUGGACUAGAUGGCGAACAAGACCCUCAAAGUCAACAAGAGAAUGAACGCAUCUUACAAAGCUUUAAUGAAACUGGACUAGAAGAUGACGAUUCUUUCUGGAAAAAUAACCCAAACCUGGAGGUCAAGGCUUGCAGUGCUCCUGUGGGUAUCAGGGAAGGAGUAUCAGGCAGACAGAAGAAAGCAUUAGCUGCCCCUAAGCCUUUAGUGUGUCUGGCCAACUAUGGAAGAUGGUGUGGUGCAAAAAAUACAAAAAUUGGAUCGAACGGUUGUUCUUGUAAAACAGGGAUAAAUACAUGCAGCAAGUUAUAUCCACCAAUUGAUGCUUUGGACAAGGCAUGUAUGUAUCACGAUUUCUGUGUCCAGUGUGCUGCCAUCUAUCCAACUACUACGCUCCAUUGGUGCCACUGUGAACGGAAUUUGUACUAUCAAGCCCAGGCUGCUACAUGCAAAUUCUUUGAUUGGAAAUGUAAAUCAUAUCGGGCUGCAGUUAUGGCUCUGUUCAAGAACAUCCCUUGCAAAUGUAACAAGAAGAUUCUUCCAUGUGGAAUAAAGUACUGCACCAAGAAGAUCAAGUUCCCCUGCGGUGUGACAAUAUGCUACAAGACCAUCAAGUUCCCUUGUAUUAAAUGGUGUUGGAAGUACAUAUGGGGCAAAUGGAUCAAAUUCCCUUGUGGUGUUACGACAUGCACCAAAACCAUCAAAUGGCUCUGUACUAAAUAUUGUUACAAAACCAUUAAGUUUCCAUGUGGGAUCAAGCUCUGCUAUAAGAUGAUCACGGUGCCUAACUUCUCAUUUUGCUAAUAUGCUGGAAAUGUCACUCAUGUAUAAUGAAAUAAUAAAAAUUAAAUACACCAUCUGAAUAACCUUUUUUCCUUUAU